GCUGUCGACUGCACAAUGGGUGUGCCUCUUACUACUAGUAUCCGAUGAAGUGGAAAAUGUGACAUAGGGGACAUUUUGAAGGAAGGUAUUCACUGUUUUCAUAGUUAUUAUCAUCCGGGACAGGUGUAGCUUAGUGAGGGGAGUUGCUGCGUUGCUGCGCCGUGCAAUGGCCCCAGGUGCAGCUGAGGGUAAACAAGCCGUGUUCAAAGUUGACUCCACAUCUUACUGACGGAGCCUGCGCUUCCCUCAGGCUCUGAGCAAGGAGUUGCAAUAACCGUAUGCAACGAGCGCAAACCAUCGCUUCCCCCAUGUCACGGUGAAGUAUGGACAAGUGGAGCUCUGAGGUCGCCUCGGAUCAUGACCGAUCCAGCUCCGAAGGGGAGUACGUGCUGGACCACGGGGCCGAAGCUGAGACCGGUGAAUGCGUGGAGCAGCGGGGGGACAUGGACAGCGGGAUGGAGGACGUGGGCACCGCCGCCGUCGGGUUCGGCAUAAGCGGAAUAGGAGAGGGCAAAGUGGUGCUGGGUCGAGUCGGACAGAGAGACGACAAAGAGCUCAGGUACCUGCACUUGCUGUGGGAGCCGGGACGCGGAGAGUUGGCCGCGGGUGGUGCGGCGUGCAAGCUGGGGAAGAUGACGGGGAGCAGGGCCAGGAGACACCACAGAGCCGUGCGGAACCUUGGUCCUAUCGGUAAAGAUAUUUACGCUGUGAAGAGGCUGAGGGAAGCGGCGAACAGCAAUGACAUCGAAACAGUGCGAAAGCUCUUGCAAGACGACAUAGACCCCUGUGCGGCAGAUGACAAGGGAAGGACGGCUCUUCAUUUCUCUUCCUGCAAUGGCAAUGAGAGCAUCGUGCAACUGCUACUGAGCCAUGGCGCUGACCCCAAUCAGCGAGACAGCCUGGGGAAUACCCCCCUCCAUCUGGCGGCCUGUACCAACCAUGUGCCUGUAAUCACCACAUUGCUGAGAGGAGGAGCCCGCGUGGACGCCCUCGACCGAGCAGGGAGGACCCCGCUGCAUCUAGCGCGUUCAAAGUUAAACAUCCUACAGGAGGGAGAUUCCCGCAGUUUAGAAACCCUGAGAGGAGAAGUCACUCAGAUAAUUCAGAUGCUGAGAGAAUACCUGAACCUAAUGGGCCAGAGUGAAGCUAAAGAGAGACUGGAGCACAUUUCUACACAGCUGCAGCACACGCGCACCAAAGAGCAGGUGGACGAGGUGACUGAUUUAUUGGCCAGCUUUACGUCGCUCAGCCUUCAGAAACAGAAUUUGGGCGAUAGGUAGAGGAUAAAGUGUAUGGACUGAUCCUUUUUCCUUUCUGUCUUUCUUUUUUUUUUUUUUAAGCAAGCCUCUGCUUUGCGUCACUGGUCUCGGUCAAGACAAACAAAGGCCGAACAGUGAUGGCGGGGUUCGUCUGCCCCAAACACAGUGUUCAGCCAAAGUACUGCAUUGUAACCAAGAUAAGACUGUGUUUUUUUUGGCUAACAUUUAACGGCUGCAGUACUACAGUAGAGAAUAAAAGGGAGUGUCACGAGUUGGAUUAUAUGAAGCUUAAAAAAACAGUGAGAACAGGAAGCUAGACGCUAAUUCAGAGGUGCAGCGGGACCAUAAAUCUUUAACAUGACUUUGAGAAAGAUUAGACAAGCUCUAAGAUAAUUGUGUUGAUUUAACAGUUUUGUGUUUUUUGUGGUCUUACCAACAGCUAUGUUGUAUCGUUGCCUUUUUUGUUGUAACGCAUGUUAUUACGUGAAUUGUACUGUAAAAAAAAACAAAAUAAUUGAUAUAUGUGAAUGAAUAAAUCGAUAUCUUUGUGUA